CCAACUCAGUCCAAAGUCCAAACUCCAACCCGAAAUUUUGCCGGAAAACUACAAAACUCUGUGUAUGUAUUAUUUAUAGAGAAAGAGAGAGAGACAGAGAGAGAGGUGUCCAUAACCAUAAAGGAAAGGCUGACAUUUUCCCACAACUCAACUUUCUUUUCCUCUCUCUCUCUCUCUCUCUCUCUCUCUCCCCUUUUCAUUUUUUUUUUUUUUGGGGGGCAAUUUCUUAAAAGUUCUCAAUAAUCACAUAGGAAGAGAGUGCUUUGUAAGGCCAAGGCACAUAUAUGCAGAUCUUGGGAAAUAAUUCAUUGUUAUUAUGAAAUAGUAAAAAGUUCAUUGAUCUAUGUAAUUUGUACGAGUUUGGAUGGAGGAAUGGUUGGGGAAUUGGAAUAACAUGAGGUUUCAAAAUUGGAGAAGCCAAAAAAACAGAAAUACAGUAGUAGUACUAGUACGAGAUCUCAUCAUUCCCAUGCAACAAAGCCAUGGAUGAGAUACCUGGCUCUUUGGGGACCACUGCCAGUUUCUCUUUGAGACUGGGCCAGACAAUUUUUUCCUCUGCUUCCCUCCUCUUCAUGUCUUUGGGUGUUCAGUUCUAUAGCUACACUGCUUUCUGCUACCUGGUAACGAUCAUGGGUUUGGUUAUACCAUGGAGUUUCACUUUGGCACUGGUGGAUGGAUACUCUGUUCUUGCUAAAUGCCCUCUUCGCCAGCCCGGAAUUCUGCUGAUAAUUGUCAUUGGAGAUUGGGUAUUAUCGGUUCUAACACUAGCAGCAGCCUGCUCAACGGCUAGUGUUGUCGAUCUCCUGCUCCAUGCCAAUGGAGCUUAUUGCCCUCCCAAGUUCUGUAAUAGAUAUCAAAUAUCUGCUGCAAUGGCUUUCUUGUCAUGGUUCUUGUCUUCGGCAUCAUGUCUCUUCAAUAUUUGGUUGCUUCCUUCACUGUAAUUCUUGUUGGGAGUUUGUUUUUGUCUUCCAAUUUGAAGAAUUUUGUAAAAAGCUAUUUUUUUUUUUUGGAAUAAAUACGAAUUUUGUACACUAAUACUGUUCAAAUUGUAAUUACUAAUUUCCUGUAAUCCAGUUUGAAGUGUA